UAAUGAGGUUGACAGUUAAAACUGUCUCUGACAUUAGACUGAGUCACACAGAGACUCCAGCUGUGCAGCGAACAGACACAAACCUACAACUGAGAUAACAGCAGACUUUACAACAGUAGAAGAUACAACAGUAGAAGAUACAGCAGUAGAAGAUACAACAGUAGAAGAUACAACAGUAGAAGAUACAACAGUAGAAGUUACUGCAUUUCAACACACGUGUGUAAAGAUGUCAGAGGAAAUCUAUGAAAACUGCGAUGGAUUUAGUGGCAAAAAAAUAAAUAAAAUAGAGACCAUGGAUAUUAAUGAUCAAAUAUACAACAACGAAAGACCCAUCAUGCCCUGCAAGAAGGAUGGUGAUCAACAUUCAGUGUUUUGUCAGUGGUGGAAGAGAUACUCUGGAGCUGCUGCAGUGUGUCUGGGGCUGCUGUGUGUUCUCCUACUGGCUGGGAUCAUAGGCCUGUUUCUCUACCAGAGAAACCAGUUGACCCGUUACAACACCCUGGCCAGAGAGAGAGACCAGUUACAGACAAGCAACAACGCCCUGACCAAAGAGAGAGACCAGUUACAGACUAGCAACAACAACCUGACCAAAGAGAGAGACCAGCUUCAGACCAGCGACAACACCCUGACCAAAGAGAGAGACCAGCUACAGACUAGCAACAAUGCCCUGACCAAAGAGAAAGACCAGCUACAGACUAGCAACAACGCCCUGACCAAAGAGAGAGACCAGCUACAGACUAGCAACAACGCCCUGACCAAAGAGAGAGACCAGCUACAGACCAGCGACCACACCCGGACCAAAGAGAGAGACCAGCUACAGACCAGUUACAACACUCUGACCAAAGAGAGAGACCAGCUACAGAAAGAGACAGAACGUCUGAAACAAUCUUUAGUUGAGAAAGUGUGUCCACAAGGAUGGAAGAAGAUUGGUAGGAGUUGUUACUACGUCUCUACUGAGAAAAAACCCUGGAAGGAGAGCAGACAGGACUGCAGAGAUAGAGGAGCACACCUGGUGGUCAUCAAGAGCCAGGAACAACAGACAUUGGUCAAUUUGUUAUGUGGAGUAAAGAACUAUGUCUGGAUUGGUCUGACUGACUCUGUUUCUGAGGGGACCUGGAAAUGGGUGGACGACACACCACUGACCACAAAGUAUUGGAACAGUGGAGAGCCUAACGGUGAUGUAGCUGAGAACUGUGGGUAUUUCUACUCCAGGUCAUCAGACACAGGAGCUUGGUGGGACUAUGACUGUUCCUAUGAAUACCGAUGGAUCUGUGAGAAAUAGGAUUCUAUCCUCUGUACUCUCUGUACUGCUAAACAGGAUUAUUACGUAUUAUAACUGUUUUCUGUUUCAAUUUACCUUGUCAAGUACAUAAAACAUAUAACAAGACAAAUGUAGAUUAUAUAAUAUAAUACAAUAAAAUAAAAAAAAUGCAACAACAAUACAAUGACCUGAUAACAGAAGGACUGUUUUCUGUGGUUGUGGAAAUUCACCACUAAGGACUUGUCCUCCCCUCCGGAGUACGACGACGCCAGAUUACUCCGGUCCUGGGAGUUACGCAUACCUGGCACUCGUUAUUAACCUGUGUUUCACACCUGGCACUCGUUAUUAACCUUUGUUUCACACCUGGCACUCAUUGUUAACCUGUGUUUCACACCUGGCACUCGUUAUUAACCUGUGUUUCACACCUGGCACUUGUUAUUAACCUGUGUUUCACACCUGGAACUCGUUAUUAAACUGUGUUUUCACACCUGGCACUCGUUAUUAACCUGUGUUUCACACCUGGCACUCAUUUUUAACCUGUGUUUCACACCUGGUACUCGUUAUGUACCUGUGUUUCACACCUGGCACUCAUUAUUAACCUGUGUUUCACACCUGGCACUCAUUAUUAACCUGUGUUUCACACCUGGACACCAUUCCCUGCAUCAUUUCCUCCCCUUUAUAUGUCUCCCAGGGUCACUCACCAGUUGGUAUUGAUCUUGUGUGUCGGCGUUCUGCAUUAUGUUAUUAUUGUUGUGUUCUUGGUUUUGUUGUUUUAUUAAAAUAUUUCACCUGC